UCUGUGACCCUGUGGCUUGGUGGAGAUCUGCAAUCUCAGGUUGCUUCUAGUUGUGAACUGUAUUUUUGUUUCACAGUUUGUGCUUUCAAUGAUGAGCGCUGUUUAAAAUUUCUGGUUGUAAUACUACGCCUGUCCUGCAGGUGUCAGUGCAGGGACGUAGAACAUACAGAGGCAGCAAGUAGUAAUAGCAGCAGCUAUCCAGUAGACUAACAUUGGUGUUUUUUGAAGAAAUUUUACAAAGUAAAAUGAAAAUAAUUGCGUAUAUAUUCCUUUAGGUUAUUUGAAUAACUUAAUAUCUUCACCCAGUAAGGAAUAGUCAUCCAGGAAUUCCAUUAUUGCUCUAUAUUUUGAGACCGAUCUGUUAGGCUAACUAGCUUACCUCCAGCAUGAACUCCCUGGUUGACUACGGAGUUUCCUCUGAUAGCGACGGAGAGGUAGACGAUGUAAACAGUGGCAAAGCUGACGUCGUUGAGGAUUUUGGUGAUAAGGAGGCAGCAGCUGUCAAAAAAUCUCGCAACUUUUUGCUGGAGUCUGGUUCAGCUUCAAGCGAAUCAGAACCAGAUGACGAUCAAGAUCCCCCAUCAUCACCACCCCACCCCCAAACACCUUCUGCAUCCUACCAGCCCAUCCUCCCUGCGCCUUCCUUAGAUUCCCUGAACCCGACUAAGCUACCCUCUCCGUCUCUGUCCACCUGCUCUGACAGCAGUGUGUUCGCCAAUCCCUUCAAAGCUCAGGCCGACCAGAGACUCAGCGCCUUGCAGAAACACGUCCCCCUCACAAUGCAGGCCAAACCCUCCCAGAUAGGCGGCAAAAGGAUAUGUGUGUCAUACAGAAAAGAUGGAAGGUGCAGGUUUGGGAUCAAAUGCAAGUUUGCUCAUGAUAGUGACCUCCAGAUUCCAGUUGCUCCCAGUGACUGUCAUCCACCUGUGAGUGAAGAAACCCCAGAGGCAGCUCAAGCUGUGGGAUCACAAAACCUCCAACAGGACUCUAAAGAGGAAGCGUCAGAGGGGCAGCCAGUGAAGAAGAGGAGAGUUGGACUGAGUAACACUUUGAUUCCUCCUAAAAGAGCUUUGAAGCAAUAUACAACACAGAGGGACAGAGAGCGGAUCAGUAUGUCUUGAUGUUUUAAGAAACUAAAAUAAAGUCUAUGGAGAUUUGUUUAGAAUUUAAGCAUGUGUUUAAAGAAUAAACUAAUGACUAAUUUGCCUGAUAUCAGACAUAACUGUGGAUGUUCAGGACCAGGUAGAUGACUUGCACCUGCAGUAAUAUAUCCGACAUGCUUUGCUCUAAGGUUAUUUCCUUAAUACACAAACUUAAAGUGCAAUGCAUUGAUACAUACUACUGAUAAACAGUACAGUUGCUCCUGUUGAAUAGGAGAAAAACAUGAUGGGUAGACCCCAAAUCUGUGUUUUCGAACAAUAACUGUUGACACACUGAAUAAAUGUCAAGACAUUUAUUUACAUCUUAUACCUGGACAGUUUUUAUAGUUUGUGCUAGAACAAAUCUAAGGUGAGCGGUUAUAAGGUUCUACGUAGUUUUGCUCAUCAAGACAUUACAUUUCAAAGGUUAUUAACAAAUCAGUGACUGUUAAUGUGAUUCACUUUGAGAAAGGUCCACGUUUGGCUGCUGAGGAUGAUGUUAGAGGGAAUCGGGAGUAUACAGGUUUUUAUUUUUUCAUAACUCUAGAUCAAUUUUGAUUAACAACUGAACUAAUGUCAUCAAUGUGGGUUUACUGGCUGCCUAAAUCUGAAAUGUGCACCACGUGACUGUUUACGGGUAUGGCAAGAAUCUGUUUUCAUCCUUACUUUUAGGGUUUGACAUGUUAGCUCAUAUUUUUCUUUUAACCUUAUCUAAUAAAGAUCCAUUAAAAUGUGAUAAACUAAAAA